UAGACGGCGCCAUGGCAGCCAGCCCGCGCAACAAGACACCCAGGCGGCUUCGCUCCAGACACUAACGCCGAUAAAAGUGUCAGAAAAUCGUCUCCCACGCAAGAAUGCAGGCGACAGACUGACGCAUGGGAAGCGGCAGUCAGGCAAGGAAGUUUGGCGCGGCUUCUUAAAAUCUCUUCAAGCCACAACACUCAGCAGGCAGCCCUGCAAGGAGCUUUGCGGUGCCUGCUCAUGAGAAAGAUGAGGAACAUGACAGUGAUAAUGUGGCGACAGACAAGGUUGCAGGUAAGCUGAGUUCAACUCUCUCAUGGGUGAAGAACUCGGUGUCUCAGAUGGCUAGCCAGGUGGCCACGCCCACGACCUUGCCGACCUCCACGUCUCUGUCCUCGCCGGCCCUCUCGUCAUCCUCGCCGUCCCUGCUCAGCCCGGAUGACGAGCAGCUGCUCGCCAAGCUGGAGCAGCAGAACAGGCUGCUGGAGACAGACAGCAAGUCACUGCGCUCCAUGAAUGGUUCCAGGAGAAACAGCGGCUCCUCGCUGGUGUCCAGCUCCUCGGCCUCGUCCAACCUGUCGCACCUGGAGGAGGACACCUGGAUGAUGUGGGGGAGGGUCGUUAACGACUGGGAGGACAUGCGCAAGAAGAAGGAGAAGCAGCUCAAGGAUCUGGUGGUAAAAGGGAUCCCGCACCACUUCCGGGCCAUCGUGUGGCAGCUGCUAUGCAACGCCCAGAACAUGACCAUCAAGGACCAGUACUCGGACCUCCUGAAGAUGACGUCACCCUGCGAGAAGCUGAUUCGCCGAGACAUCGCCCGCACUUACCCGGAGCACGACUUCUUCAAGGAGAAGGACAGCCUUGGCCAGGAGGUCCUCUUCAACGUCAUGAAGGCCUAUUCUCUGGUGGACCGCGAGGUGGGUUAUUGCCAAGGAAGUGCCUUCAUCGUCGGGCUGCUGCUCAUGCAGAUGCCAGAGGAGGAGGCCUUCUGCGUCUUUGUGAAGCUGAUGCAGGACUACAGACUACGAGAGCUCUUCAAGCCCAGCAUGGCGGAGCUGGGCCUCUGCAUGUACCAGCUGGAGUGCAUGAUCCAGGAACAUCUGCCGGAGCUCCACCUGCACUUCCAGGCACAGAGCUUCCACACCUCCAUGUACGCCUCCACCUGGUUCCUCACUAUCUUCCUCACCUGCUUCCCGCUGCCCGCGGCCACCAGGAUCUUUGACAUCUUCAUGUAUGAGGGUCUGGAGAUCGUGUUCCGAGUGGGACUGGCCAUCCUGCAGAUGAACCAGGCGGAGCUCAUCCAGCUGGACAUGGAGGGCAUGCUGCAGCACUUCCAGAGGGUGGUCCCGCACCAGCUGGACAGCGGACCUGACAAAGUCAUCCAGGCGGCGUAUCAAGUCAAGUACAACGCCAAGAAGAUGAAGAAGUUGGAGAAGGAGUACACCAGCAUCAAAAGCAAGGAGAUGGAGGAGCAGGUUGAGAUAAAAAGGCUGCGGACGGAGAAUCGCCUCCUCAAGCAGAGGAUCGACACGCUGGAGAAGGAAAGUGCUUCCUUGGCAGAUAGAUUGAUCCAGGGACAAGUGACGCGGGCUCAGGAGGCUGAGGAGAACUACCUGGUCAAGCGGGAGUUGGCCACGGUCAAACAGCUGGGCCAGGAGGUCAGCGCUCAGCUGGAGCAGGCCAAGAAAACCAUCGGGCAGCUUCAGCAGCAGCAGCCGCAAGCGAAGGCGGCGUCGCGCUGCUCAGAGGAGGCGGUCCUGCAGCUGGAGAGAGAGCUGGUGCAGGCCAGGCUGAAGGAGGCGGAGUCUCAGUGUGCCCUCAGGGAGAUGCAGGACAAGAUUUUGGACAUGGAGAAGCGCAACACGUCGCUGCCGGACGACACCAACGUGGCGCGACUCCAAGAGGAGCUGAUGGCGGUCAAGCUGAGGGAGGCCGAGGCCCUCAGCGGCCUCAAGGAGCUGCGGCAGCAAGUGCGAGACCUGGAAGACCACUGGCAGCGCCACCUGGCCCGCACGUCAGGCCGCUGGAGGGAAAGCCCCAAGAAGAACGCCCUGAGCGAGCUGCAGGACGAGCUGAUGAGUGUCCGGCUGCGCGAGGCCGAGGCUCAGGCCGAACUGCGAGAAAACCGGCAGAGGAUGUUGGAGCUGGCAACUCAGAAUGAAAUCCACAACAACCACCUGCGGAGGGCGGAGCAAGAGGGUCGAAGUCUUCAGGAGCGCGUGCAGACCUUGACCACGCAGAACAAGAACCUCCAUGGGCAGCUGCAGGAGAUCAAACGGCGACAAGCGGAGAUGGAUUGCAAGAGUAAAGAGGAGGUGAUGGCGGUCAGGCUGCGGGAGGCCGACAACAUGGCCGCCAUGGCUGAACUGCAGCAGCACAUCUCUGAGCUGGAGAUCCAGAAAGAAGAAGGCAAGGUCCAAGGGCAGCUGAACCACAGUGACUCUAAUCAGUUCAUCCAAGACCUCCAAGAUCACAUCACUGAACUCAAACAUGAGAUUUGCUGCCUGAAGGUUCAGAGGGGCGUGGCCAAGCCUCCCACCUAUGACAUCAUCAAGCAGUACGCGGGCGACGACAAUGAUGAUGACGAUGAUGAUGAUGAUGAGGAGGAAGAGGAGGAAGGCAGCACCAAGGAGCAGCACCAGACUGGCAGGAGUCGAGUCAAGCUGCAUCCCAAACUGGGGGCCACGGACAGUGAGGAAGAAGACGAGGCCCCCACACCCACCCACCGCUACACCACCGUGUGACCCGCCCAGUGUGGACUGGACCACAGAGAGCAGGGAGGGAGGGACAGUAGACAUUGAACAUAUAUCACUCAACGGAUUUUAUAUUUCUUAACUUUAUUUUAUAAAACAACACCUCUUCAA